UCUGACUUUGUCGUUCACACAGGAGAGAGACGUGACUGUCGUGGAUCCUCUGGGGAGCCUCAACAACAUCGUGAUGCUGACGAGGCUGAGAAGAGUCUCUCCAGAUCAGAACACCUCAAGAAACCCCAGCGGAGAUCCACAGGGAAGAAACCUCACCACUGCUCUAACUGUGGGAAGAGUUUCACCUCUUCAACAGAACUUAAAAUACACCACAGAAUCCAUACAGGAGAGAAACCUUAUAGCUGCACUGACUGUUUGAAGAGAUUUUCUCAACUAGGGAACCUGACAAAACACCAGUUGACACACACAGGAGAGAAGCAUCACCACUGCUCUGACUGUGAGAGGGCCUUUUCAACAUCACAGCGUUUAAAGCUGCACCAGCGAACGCACACUGGAGAGAAGCCUUACCACUGCUCAGACUGUGGGAAAAGCUUAACCUCCUCAAGUGAACUGAUUAUACACCAGAGAACACAUACAGGAGAGAGGCCUUAUGGCUGUGAUCAAUGCGGGAAGCGAUUCACUCAGUCAUCAAACCUGACUGUACACAAGAGAAUACACACUGGAGAGAAGCCUUAUCGCUGCACCAACUGUGGAAUGAGCUUUACUACCUCAAGCUAUCUGAUAACACACCGGAGAACACAUACAGGAGAGAAACCUUAUAGCUGUGAUCAAUGUGGGAAGAGUUUUACUCAGCCAAGUCACCUGAUUGUACACCAGAGAAUACACACAGGAGAAAAACCUUACCACUGCUCUGACUGUGGGAAGGGUUUUGUUAGAUCAUCACAUUUAAAAUCUCACCAGAGAACACACACAGGAGAGAAGCCUCACCACUGCUCUGAAUGUGGGAAGCGUUUUGCUUUAUUAGACAUACUGAUAGUACAUCAGAGAACCCACACUGGUGAAAAACCUUACCACUGCCCAGACUGUGGGAAGAGAUGUACUACCUCAAGUAACCUGAUAUCACACAAGAGAACCCACACUGGAGAGAAACCUUACCACUGCUCUGACUGCGGGACGAGUUGUUCUACCUCAAGCAACCUGGCAGUACACCAGAGAACACACACAGGAGAGAAGCCUUAUGGCUGUGAUCAGUGUGACAAGAGAUACUCUCAUUCAAGUUCUCUGAUUAAACAUCAGAAAAUACACUCAGGAGAUCCACAGAGUGUAGAAUGAUCUCCAACACCAGACCUGGGUAGUAGAACACAGAGUGUGGAAUGAUCUCCAACACCAGACCUGGAUAGUAGAACACAGAGUGUAGAAUGAGCUCCAACACCAGACCUGGGUAGUAGAACACAGAGUGUAGAAUGAGCUCCAACAGCAGUCCUGGGUAGUAGAACACAGAGUGUAGAAUGACCUCCAACACCAGACCUGGGUAGUAGAACACAGAGUGUGGAAUGAUCUCCAACACCAGACCUGGGUAGUAGAACACAGAGUGUAGAAUGA